UGUUGUGUCUGCUGGACCAAUCACAACGCUCGUCUCUCGUGGGUUGGUCGCUUCUCUGCCAAUGGGACGCUGUUUCGAUCCUGCAAGUGAAUGUCUCUUCUUGUUUAUUUACCGACGUCACGAAUACGUCAGGCGUCAGGCGGCACCGAAUGGUAAAGCUUGACUCACAAAAGAUGAGGUGGUGAGGCAAGACACAUGGUGAGGGAGCACCAUGGACAGCCUCCACUUGCGCAUCCUCAGCAUUCGGGACGAGGUGGUGGAGAACUGGCACUUCCUCCGUGAUCUGGUGGCGUCAAGACUCCCCAAGCGGCAGAAUGCAGUUGGCGUGGCCUCAGGCAGCCUGAGUCAUGACUCGGACGGGCGGGUGUGGGUGGAGGUUGGGGAGCAGCGACUCAGGCUGCGUGUCAUGCACCUCCACCCGGCCAACCCAGCCAUUGUGGAUGCCAUGGCCAGCCGGGCAGCAGAGGCCAGACUCAGCGACCAGGAAGACGUGUUCAAGGUGCCUGCUGAUGACGAGAUCUCCCUGGCUUCACUGGAGGAUUACUGGUUCAACCACUGGGAGGGUCCCUUCGUUACGCCCGACUCCAACCAAAACACAGUAAACUUCAGAAGGUCUCGGAGGAGUUUGAGGAAGUCAAAAAGGAAGUUUCGAUGUUCUGUCUGCCAUAGAAAGAUUAUGGGAGCUGAUGGCCAUGAGGAAGAACUCCAGGAACCUCCAUGUUUGGAGCGAGACAAUGUGCUGGCCCACGUCCCGUCUGUCAAGUUGGAGACAAUAACUCCCAAGGUGGACGAUCUGGCAGGAGGAAGCUCUGAUGAGGAGGGGUUCAAAUCGGUAUUUAAUGAGGAGCUACUUUCCAGGUACAGUGCCAGUGAUGAGCAGCUUGCCCGAGCCCACAGAGUGAUGGACAAUGAACUGCGCACCAGCUUCUCCCUGUUUGCUGAGGAGGCAGUCACUCAGGACGUCUUGGAUGGAGUGAGCAUGAGCAUUAAUGACGGAAGUAGCUCACCUGAUGCCUCCUUACAUUUGGCACCACCAGUCUACAGCCCCAGACAGUCCAGGUCAUGUCCAUGCAGCCCAAAAUUGUCAAGUCGCAACCACAGCCCCAAGUCUAAUGCUGGAAGUCCCAAGCCACAGUCCAGAUCAGGAAGCUCAAAAUUCUCCCUCAGCAGCUCCCUGAUGGCAAUACACCGGCAAGCCUCAAACUCCCUCAGGCCAGACUUCUUGCGGUUUGAUUCUGGAAAGAGUGACUUUGGCGGCUCAAAGAGUGGCUCCCAGCAGAGCAGCCUAAGGAAUGAGUUGCGACAAACCAAGUCCACUGGGGAGGCACAGCUGGGAAACCUUGAUGAAUCCCUAGCAGACCAAGCCUCCAGUGACGUCUCGCGAGGAGACAUUGCACGACAAGAAACUCCCAGAACUGCCUUACACGAGAGUCACUCGUUACCUGCACUGAAGUUAGCAAAGAUGUCAAUGACUUACAAGGGUGGUGUGGUGGUGAACCAGGAAAGGGAGGCAGGAUUUGGACAGUAUUCUGACACCACUAGACUGAUCACUGAGGGAGCUUGUGCUCUUCCUUCCACCCCUGAGGACACCAUUCUGCCCGAGGACUUCACAGGAUCCCCACAGAUUCUCCCAGAUGUAGUGCCAAGAUAUGAUGCCGCCACCUCUCCCAUGAGCCAAAUACUGGAGUCCAAACCUUCAAUAUCUGUCACUGGGUCAUCUGUAGAAGACUUCAGAGGUUACAACUUUGAUCAUAGGGAGGGAAUUGUUAACUUGGGCUUUGAUGGGCAUGAAGAGAGCUCAGAUUUUAUUGAUAUAAAUGAACUGCAUGGUGCUAAAGCUUCUCACAUAGAAAACAGUUCCUCCUCCUGUGAUAGACGAGGGUCGGUUGGGAGUGACAUUGACAUAGGAAAGAGCAACAUUCAGAUGAACAUUGACACAGUUCAUGCCAUCUCCAUCGGUCACUCCCCACAGGGCCAGGAUGUUGCCUUGUCCCUUGAGGUCCCUCCAUUGCAGUCUGCAGAGCAAGAAGGCAAAGGUACAAGCAGCAGAUGUGAAGAUGGGGACAACACAUCUGUGAGCAGCUCAGCCACUGCCUCCACUGCCAGCCCCUCCCUUUCCCCUCACAUCAACCCGGCUGAUGGCCUGCCAACUGCACCCCGCCGCCUCAUCAUUGAAGAGGUGGAGGAGGAGGAAGAGCACAUUCCUUAUGACCACAUGCACUUGGCUCGCCAGAUGGUGUUUUGGUGGCAGAAGCCAAAUCCCAGCGAUGAGGAGUUCUGCCAGAACACUGCUGAGUGCAAAGUGAAGCAAAAACCUCUGUUGCUUUUCCUACAUGGCAUGGGGGGCAGCAGUGACCACUGGCGGCAACAGCUGUGGUACUUUGUCACUCGGGGAUAUGAGGUUGUAGCACCAGACCUGAUGGGCCAUGGGCUGAGCUCUGCACCAAAAGACCCUGAGCAUUAUACUUUCUCCCAGAUGCUGGACCAGAUCACCCUUGUCUUUGAUCUCUUUGUGCCACAAGGCCGCAAGUGUGUGGUCAUUGGGCAUGGAUAUGGGUGUUCCAUUGCUGCGGCAUUGGCAAGGAGUAGAGUGUCAUCUGUGCGGUUAGUAAUAAUGGCCAGCUGUGGCGGACCAAGCCCACUCAUGCCCAACCCUCCCAACAAGUCCUUCCUUCACACUCGCCUGGCUGCCUUCCUGAGCCCCUUCCUGGCCUGUGGAUGCUGCAGUCGUGAGAUCCUGUAUACGCCGCGAGGGAAACACUUUUCUGCAGACACCCUCUCUGGUUCCUCCAUCACCCCUACGCCUCGUUAUGUGCUGGAGAAUGUGGCUCGUGGGCAGCAUUGGCCUGAGGGUGACAUUGCCUUCCAUCGCAGGAUAACUGUGCCAACGCUGCUGCUGCACGGCAUGAAGGACGAACGUGUCACCCUGGUGGAGAUGUGUGAGAUGGAGAGGACCAUUCCUCGGGCCUUCCUGGAGAUGGUGCCCAAUGGGGGCCAUGACCUGAUGCUGGAUGCUCCUGUUGACGUGAGUCAGGCCAUCCAUCGCUUCGUCAAGAGGUGGCACCGCAAGCAAUAACUUCCUGACUUCCUGCCAGAAAGACAAGAUGUGGGUACGUGUGGCUCACUCUUGGGUAGUACUUGUUUCCCCUCCUGUUUGCUCAAGCAAUUGUCUUAGUCAUUUACUGAGUUUUGUCUUCAGUAUGUACAAGUGUUGGAUAAUGAAUGAAUCUUGCUCUAGUCACAUCAGAGAAGGAUAUUAGAAAUUUGAAACUAAAACAUUUUGGAUUAGAUAUUUCUAAUGAAAUUUUGUACAAUAGAAUACACCUACCUAAUUUUUUCGUGAAUUAGAUAAUUUUUAACAUAAGCUUAAUAAUCUGCCACAGAACAUAAUAAAUCUUGUGCUUUACAUUUUUCAUUCUAGACAUUGUUUGCUGCAAAAUUUUUUGUUUUACAUUUAAGAUAACUAACUCACAAACUAUGAUGAUACUCACCUGUGUGCUGUAACACCUAAAUUAAAUAUAAUCUGAGGUUCUUGUCAGCCUGAAUUCUGGAUAUGGUGUCUGUACUCAAGAGGGUCACUCUCAGUCUUUACAAGUAGGAUGGGGAUUAGCUUACUCACACGUCUAUAACAGUCAUUAACAUAGUGUAGAGUCUGAGCACUGUGCUGUGCUAGUAGUGUGACAGGAGGAAGCACUCAGACUGAGCCAGGCAGCUGUGUGGAGGGUGUGAGGAGCAUCUGCUGAAGAUGAAGCCUCCACCAGCAAACAUUUCUGUGCUGAUUUUCUUGAUUAUGAUUUAAUCCACUCAUUAUUUAUAGUCUCAUACAUAACUAUCCUAUGAUGUAAUUUAUUAUGGCAUUUCUACACUUUAUUUUAUUUUGGUGAUUCAUUUUACAUAUUUUCUGAUUGGGUUUUAGGAAAUCCAUGCAAGAUCUUUUUAUUGCAUCCCUUGUAUCAGGAUGCUGCUCAUUUCAAAGACUUAUUUUGUGGUCAGCCGGUACUAACAUUUUCCUACUAACAUUUUCCUCAUCCGUUUACCUGCACAUGUACUGUGGAAAGGGUUGAGUUGUAACAACUCUCCAGCACAACAAACAUAGACUGUUAAAGCCGAGUUCAUUCAAAAGUAUAACAUGACACUAUUGACAUUCUAAGUAAAGUGACACUUGUCACUUCACCUAGAAUGUCAACAGUUCAUGUCACUGACGUUAUUCUACAUGCAGUGAAUGGUUGGUGCUUCAAGAGAGUCUUCACUGUUUCCAGAGUGAGUGGAGUCUUUAUAGCAUGAUGCUCACUGGUGGUCUCUGACACACACUGGGAAGCUCGAUCAGCUGUCCUCACUGUCCAUUGUCUUCUUUCUCUUUAACCUGUGCACCAGGUGCUCUUUAUCUGUCUUCCUUGCACACCCAAGCUGUCCCAACACUUCCUACUCUGCUCACCGGCCAUAGCCACAGCCAGACGCACCUUUCACCACCACAAGUUCUCCUCCAGAUUUGCUCACUCCACAUUGUGCAGUCCACAGAUUUCAUCAUCACUGCAUUGUUUCCUAUGCUGUCCAGCACUCAUCUCCAUGUUCCAACCCCAUACAAUACUCAGAGCAUCAUUGCCUUCAUCCAUCCAAUCAUUCAUUAACAUGAUUUACUCAUUCACUAUUUCGUUGAUGGAUUUGUAGAUUAAUAAAAUGCUCUUGUCUUCCAC